AAUACAUUGCUCUGGAGAAGUGUUAGUUAACCAACUAGCUGUACUUGUUUGUGUCGACUGCACUAAGACGGGCUUCUCUUGGCACUCACUGACAGACUAGCGUCUUAUCGUGUGUUGUGCCGGUUUGCAGUGCCUAGUAUAGCUGCCUGCUUAGUGUGUUUCACCCACCCUCCAGAGCGUAAGAAGGAAGAACAGAAUAAGGCAGCGCAGUCGCCAUGGGUCUGCUGUCACAGGGGUCCCCUCUAAGCUGGGAAGAGACCAAGAAGUAUGCCGAUCAUGUCCGGCAGCACGGUAUCGUCCAGUUCCUGCACAUCUAUCACAAGUUGAAAGAGCGGCAAAAGGACGUGCUUAAAUGGGGAGACGAGGUGGAAUACAUGCUGGUAUCUUUUGACCAUGCCAAUAAAAAGGUUCGCUUGCUUCUUAAAGGAGGAGAGAUACUAGACACUCUCCAAGACAGAGGUGAAAAAAUAAAUCCAAAUCAUCCAACACUUUGGAGGCCCGAAUAUGGGAGUUACAUGAUUGAAGGAACGCCUGGACAACCUUACGGGGGAACCAUGUCUGAGUUUAACACAGUGGAAGACAAUAUGAGAAAAAGGCGCCAAGAAGCAUCAUCUUUGCUAUCAGUAAAUGAUUCUCUCUGCUCCAUCACCACCUUCCCACGAUUGGGAUGUCCAGGAUUCACCUUGCCUGAGUUUCCACCAACCCCUGUGGAACAGGGUGCCUCAAAAUCCCUAUUCUUCCCAGAUCAGGCUAUCAAUAUACAUCCCAGGUUCAGUACACUCACUAGAAAUAUUCGACACAGACGGGGUGAAAAAGUUGCAAUUAAUGUUCCAAUUUAUAAAGACCAAAAUACACCAUCUCCAUUUAUUGAAAGGUUUCCCAAUGACAGUAACAAUGAAGCAGUAGCUGCUAAACCAGACCACAUUUACAUGGAUGCUAUGGGAUUUGGCAUGGGGAACUGCUGCCUUCAGGUAACAUUCCAAGCCUGCAGCAUUUGUGAAGCCAGGUAUCUUUAUGACCAGCUAGCUACAAUAUGUCCUAUUAUGAUGGCUCUAAGUGCGGCAGCUCCAUUUUACAGAGGAUAUGUGUCUGAUAUAGAUUGCCGUUGGGGAGUGAUCUCUGCAUCAGUAGAUGAUCGUACCAAAGAAGAAAGAGGAUUAGAACCUUUGAAAAAUAACAAAUAUCGAAUCAGUAAGUCUCGAUAUGAUUCCAUAGACAGUUAUUUGUCUGAAUGCGGAGAGAAAUACAAUGACAUUGAUUUGACCAUUGAUAAAGAAAUCUACAAUCAGUUAAUAAAAGAAGGUAUUGAUCACCUGUUAGCCCAGCACAUUGCACAUCUCUUUAUUAGAGAUCCUUUAACAUUGUUUGAGGAGAAGAUACAUCUAGAUGAUGCCAAUGAAUCUGACCAUUUUGAGAACAUUCAAUCAACAAACUGGCAGACUAUGAGGUUUAAACCUCCCCCACCAAAUUCUGACAUUGGAUGGAGGGUCGAGUUUCGUCCAGUGGAGGUCCAAUUAACAGACUUUGAGAAUUCUGCAUAUGUUGUAUUUGUGGUGCUGCUUACCAGAGUAAUUCUGUCCUACAAACUGGAUUUCCUUAUUCCCUUGUCAAAGGUUGAUGAGAACAUGAAGGUGGCACAGAAACGAGAUGCAGUGCGACAAGGAAUGUUUUACUUUAGGAAGGAUAUUUCUAAAGCUGGAAUUGCAGUUGUUGAUGGCUGUUGUUCUCCACAAAAUGGAAUGGAAACUGACCCAGAAGAAUACACAUUGAUGAGCAUUGAUACAAUAAUCAAUGGAAAGGAAGGAGUUUUUCCGGGUUUAAUUCCAAUACUUAACUCAUACCUUGAAAAUAUGGAGGUUGAUGUUGAUACGCGCUGCACCAUCUUGAAUUAUCUUAAACUCAUUAAAAAAAGAGCUUCAGGUGAGUUAAUGACUUGUGCAAGAUGGAUGCGAGAAUUUGUUGCAAGCCACCCGGAGUACAAGAAGGACAGUGUCAUUACUGACAAAAUCAAUUAUGAUCUUCUUAUGAAAUGUAACCAAAUUGCAAAUGAGCUGACUACUUGCCCAGAGCUUCUUGGGACCACGGUCAAUAAAUCCAAGGCAAGCGGCAGUCAGUCUGUUCCUUUAUGAUGUGUAGCUCAGAGCGCAUCAAAUGUAGCUCACAAAAUGAAUCGUAUUGGUGUGAUGACCAAACUGUUUACGCUACACAAACAGUGGGCUCCUGUGUUCUUCUUGCAGUAGUAGUAGCCUCUCCAAUGAACCUAUUUCUGUUAACGUUUAUACAGUGUACCUGUAUAUAGUAAAAUAUUUUUAUGGCUAACAUUGUAUAUGCUACCAACAGUGUAUGACUUCACUGUGAAAUGAUUUUUUUAUAUAUACUGGAAAAAGAAUGUCAAUUGUUCUGUUGGUCUGUAUGGUACCACUUUGUGUGCUUUUUUUUAAAAUGUUUUAUUUCAUUCAUUUAUUGAUUGUUACUGAAUGUAUGCCAUAAUUCAUGUUCAAUAGCUGUUAACUCAAGUACCAGUGUACUUGAUCUGGAGGAAGCGUCUCCAUGUAGGUUUCAGAUACUUGGCCUAGCAUAUCUUGGGUAUUGGCUUACCCUGUGCUCUAUAAGGAGCAUUCAUUUUAAAUGCCUGCGUGUGGAUUUAAACACAUUUUGCUGGAGCUCAUAUUGUCCAGUGGGAGGUAGGACCUGCAUUCCAUGUAUCCCCACAGCAUUUAAUGCCUGCUGUCUGGUUUCUCUCUCUUCACGUGCCCUAUAUAUUUUAUAUUUUAAUACAUGCUGCUCUGUUACUUCACAUACAUGAAAAAUUCCAAACUUUAAAGCAAAACUACAACUGUAAACUGUGAUAGAUAAUAUCAUAUUCUAAACUGCUAAGGAUAUUUGUAUUUAUAAUAUAUUGUGGGCAUUUCUACCUAAAAUCCUGUUCUACUGGAAACCUCACUGGCCUUAAAUAUUUAUGCAGAACGUAAAAGAGCUAUCUGAAGUGUGUCCUUUGUAAAUAUGGCUUGUAAUAAUGCACUUACCAGUUCAGAAUGAAUCCAAAUUAAUGCAACUUCCACAGUGAGUAUGAAUUUUACUAUUUUCGUUUUGGGACUUUCUGAUAAAAGCUCCACCUGUGUGAUUCAUGGUGUAGGUGUGGAUGAGGCAGGACCAGUGUCUGAGUGCCAGGGUGGAGUCUUGUCAUGUGUUUUUGCAUACUGAGGAUGCCAAAUAGUCAUUCAACACUGUUUUGAUCUGGAUGUAUAUUUGAUUAAAAAAAACAACUGGUACAGAAUGCAUUGAUAUAAAAUAAAAGAUGAAUUCAAAUUUUAAA